AUGAACAUCCGUCUGGGGUUUGGGAUCUGUGAUGAGGAAAUAAAUUUCCGCUCAAAGAGGAAAAAGCUUGUAGCUGACACAUUAAAGAAAGUUUUGAAUCUUGAUCGAGACCUGCAAGAGCACGAGGUUCCUGUGAUUGCUGUUGCAGCAACAGGUGGAGGUGUGAGAGCAAUGACUUCCCUUCUUGGCUCCCUCAUAGCACUAAAGAAACUGAAUCUCUUGGACUGUGUGUCCUACAUCACUGGAACAUCUGGAUCCACAUGGGCAAUGAGUAAAUUAUAUGCAGAUGCCAACUGGUCACAGAAAGAUCUAUCUGAAACAGUAGAAGAUGCUCGCAGGAAUGUGACCAAAAGCAAGAUGUCUACCUUUUCCUUGGAUAGUCUAGCUUUCUUUCAAUCCGAACUGAACAAGAGGGAAGAUAUGGGCUAUAAGACAUCUUUCACAGAUUUAUGGGGACUGGCUAUUGAGUCCAUGAUGUGUGAUAAGGUGAAUGAAAACACACUGACAGAUCAGAGGAAAGCUCUGUGUAAUGGACAGAACCCUCUCCCUAUAUAUCUAUCCAUGAAUGUCAAACCGAAUGAGAACUCCACGUUGGAUUAUAAAGAGUGGUGUGAAUUCUCCCCUUAUGAAGUUGGACUGCUGAAAUAUGGAGCCUUCAUACGUUCUGAAGACUUUGGCAGUGAAUUCUUUAUGGGCAGAAAAACAACAGUUCUUCCAGAGUCCAGAAUCUGCUUCCUUCAGGGGUUGUGGAGUAAUGUCUUCUCUAUUAAUCUGCUGGAUGCCUGGUAUGCGGCUGUAAGCUCAGAACACUUUUGGCACAGGUUCACCAGAGACAAUGUGCUUGACUUGGAUGAAGAAUCCAUAAAGAGGAGAAGAGCCUCAGCCUGCCUGGACACACGCCUUCUGCAACCAGCAGGGGAGUUCAGCCGCAGAGUGCGAGGGGUUCUUACUAACCGCCCUCUUGAUGGAGAACAUCAUAAUUUCCUAAGAGGAUUACAGAUGCAUCCAGAUUACGUUACAGAGAAUGGCUUCUGUACAUUUGAUGGCACAGAAUUAGAUAAUUCCCCUAACAACCUGACCCCCUGUGCAGAAGACCUCUGCCUGGUGGACUGUGCAUAUUACAUCAAUGCGAGCUUCCCACCACUGUUACGAGAAGAACGCAAAGUGGACAUGAUCAUGUCAUUUGAUUAUGGACUCUCAGAUAAAUUCAAAUCAGUGGUGCAAACUAAAGAAUACUGUACUGCUCAUAAUCUCACUUUCCCCAAAAUCGAAGUGACUGCAGAGGACAGGAAGAACCCCAAGGAAUGCUAUGUUUUCUCAGACUGCGCCUUCCCAGACUUUCCCAUCAUCAUGCACUUUCCAUUAGUAAAUGACACAUUCAGGAAGUACAAACAGCCAGGUGUUGAGAGAGAAACUGAUCAGGAGAAGGAGGAAGGAAAUGUUCCCUUGUCUGGCCUGUUUUCACCUUACAAAGUGUUCCGGUUAACAUACAGUGAAGAAGAUUUUGAGAAACUGAUAAAGCUGACAGAAUACAAUGUGCUGAACAACGUGGAGGCCAUCCUGCAGACCCUGCGUGACGUAAUUGAACGCAAACAGAAUUGUAGCAACAGCUGA